AUGUUGACAGUUGUCUUCGACUACAAGGGUGUUUUUCAUCAUGAAUAUGCUCCACCUGGUCAAACUGUAAACAAGGUGUACUACCCUGAAGUGUUGCGGCGUUUGUGGGAUGCUGAAUAUGGAGUUAUAAUCGUUUCUCUCGCCUCUACCCCCCCCUCUCUCUCUCUCUCUCUCUCUCUCUCUCUCUCUCUCUCUCUCUCUCUAUCUAUCUAUCUCUAUAUGUGUGGAGAGGAUUUUAUACAUCUGUAUGUUAUUUUCGAUGAGAGAAAGAGAGAAAAGACAAUAAAGAUGCUUUUCUUUGAUAUAUCUCGACAUAUAAUAAAUCUCCUUUUACAUAUUCUAUCUCAUUGUCUCUCUCUCUCUCUCUCUCUCUCUCUCUCUCUCUCUCUCUGUCUAUCUAUCUCUCUUUUGCAUUCAUUUUUUAUUAUCUGUACUUGUCUUUUAAAAUCUAUCUAUCUAUCUAUCUAUCUAUCCAUCUAUCUAUCUAUCUAUCUAUCUAUCUAUCUAUCUAUGUUUAUAUAUCUCACUCAUUUUAGACUGAGUACCUUCAUAUUCUAUCUAUCUAUCUAUCUAUCUAUCUAUCUAUCUAUCUAUCUAUCUAUCUAUGUCUUAUAUGCUGUGGUGCUACUUGGUGGUGUCACUAACACUCUUUGUUUCUGUCCUGGAUUCUUUCUUAUUUGCAUGAAUAUUCAUUUUUUUCUUCCCUUACAUUAUUUUCCUUUCUUUCUUCAUUGUUUCUGCAUUUUCUGUUCUAUCUUUUCUCAUGCCUGUUUUCGUCUUAUCCUUUUCCAUUCCUUUUGUCUUCUUUGA